CUUGAGUUCAGCCCCUUCCUCGCAGGAGGCUCAGGUUUAUCUGGUGGCGGAGACUCAUCCACUCAGGAGGAGCUGACGGAGCCGUAAGGUGGAGGAACGAGGCUACGCUGCCGACGCUGCUGGGGGGGAGUGAGAGACAGAGAGAGAGAGAGAGAGAGAAGAGCAGGAAUCGGAUAUUUUAACUUUUUUUCCCCCAACUUCAACUCUGAGGACGAGCGAGGCAGAGAGGAGCCAUGGCGGCGUUCUCUGCUCUUUGGAUGCUCCUGCUGUUCCAACUGUUGGCGUCAUCACUGUCUCAGAGACCAGGUCCCAGAGGAGCUCCAGGACCUCCAGGACCAGGAGGACCACCAGGACGGGAUGGCACUGAUGGCAAACCUGGACCAGCCGGACUCCCAGGGAAAUCAGGUCCCAAAGGAAAGUCAGGAAUUCCAGGAGUAGCGGGAAAACCAGGUCUGCCAGGACUUCCAGGGGUCGACGGUUUGACUGGUGUCGAUGGUCCUGCUGGUAAAGAUGGAGCUCCUGGAGAAGCGGGUGAACCUGGACCUUCUGGACCACCAGGACCUCCUGGCAGGGGGCGCCCUGGAGCUGCAGGAUUACCAGGGACCAACGGUUUACCAGGAGGACUGGGUCCUCAGGGUCCGGUGGGAGCUGAGGGUCUUCCAGGUCUUCCAGGACCUGCUGGCCCUGACGGACCCCCGGGUCUUCCUGGAACUCUUCAUGAUCUCAACGGUGACCUUCUGUGUCCUGCAAUCUGCCCACCCGGUCCAUCUGGUCCACCUGGGAUGCCAGGAUUUAAGGGUCACACAGGUCACAAAGGAAACAAAGGAGAACCAGGAAAAGAUGGAGAAAAGGGUGACGCUGGUCCACCUGGUCCUCCAGGUAUUCCUGGUACUGUGGGUCUGCAGGGCCCACGUGGACUGCGAGGUUUGCAGGGACCCAUGGGGGGAGUAGGGGACAGAGGUCUGCCUGGUUUCAGGGGAAAACCCGGAGUCGCUGGGAUCAUUGGGAAGACAGGCGACGCUGGUGAAAAAGGACCUCAGGGAUUUAGAGGACCCAAAGGAGAAGUGGGUAAAAUUGGACCAAAAGGAACACCAGGAGGAGCAGGACCUAAAGGCGAACCUGGUAUUCCAGGCAGAGAUGGUAAAGACGGUACACCAGGACUAGACGGAGAAAAGGGUGAUGCUGGACGUCAUGGUGUGGUUGGAGAAAAAGGACCAAACGGACUUCCUGGUCUACAAGGAAAGGCUGGAGUGAAGGGAUCUAAAGGAGAAGUGGGUGAUCCUGGGAAGUCUGGAGAGACGGGACCCUCUGGAGAGCCAGGUAUUCCUGGUGACAUCGGUGUCCCAGGAGAGAGGGGGGUCGCUGGGCCCAGAGGAGUGGCUGGAGGAAUCGGACCAGCAGGAAAUCCUGGACCUCAGGGAGUCAAGGGAUUUCAGGGGGUAAAAGGAGCCUUGGGGGAUCCAGGUCUCCCAGGUCCAACAGGAGUCCGUGGAGAGUUUGGUGAAAGGGGUCCAGUGGGGGCAUCAGGAGCUAAAGGAGACAUGGGAGUCGCAGGAAGUGAUGGUCUACCAGGAGAGAAUGGAGAACCUGGACCUUUUGGACCAGUGGGACAGAAAGGAGGGGCAGGAAAACCAGGGGAACUGGGUCCGAAGGGUGUGACUGGUCCACAGGGGGAACUUGGUGCCAGAGGAGCUCCAGGAAAACCAGGACUAAUGGGUCUCCAGGGAGAACAGGGAAUGCCUGGAAUUGCAGGAAAGACCGGCGUACCUGGUAAACUGACCAGUGAGCAGCACAUCAGGGAGCUGUGUGGGUCGAUGAUCGACGAUCAGAUCGCACAGUUGGCCGCUAACCUGCGGAGACCUCUGGCUCCUGGACUGGUCGGUCGUCCAGGUCCUGCUGGGUCUCCAGGACAGCCAGGAGUCGCUGGUUCUAUUGGACAUCCGGGAGCCCGCGGACCACCGGGGUACAGAGGUCUGCCAGGAGAACUGGGAGACCCUGGUCCCAGAGGUGACGUUGGUGAGGCCGGGGACAAGGGACCUAUUGGAAAAGCCAUAGAUGGACCUACUGGAGAUCAAGGAUCCCAAGGUCUUCCAGGAGUACCUGGAAUUGUCAAAGACGGUCGUGAUGGUUCUCCAGGAGAUCCAGGUGAGUCUGGAGAAUCAGGCAGGGUGGGCAGGACCGGACACCAAGGACCUCCAGGAAUCUGUGACACGUCGGCCUGUCAGGGAGCAGCACCUGUUGGAAAGUCCUCCAACCCCAAGAACUAUUAAACUUGACCCCCGCCUCCCGCUCCCCCCCCCCACCUGACGGCACCCCGGCAGGGAGGAGGGUCAGUGAGGAGGGAGGAAGUGAUGAAAGAAGAGGAAAAAACAAACAAACACAGAAGUCUGCUCCUCUUUUAUUCCAACACGACACAGAACCUGGUGAGGAGUGGAGUUACAGAGAACAGAGACAAAGAAGACGUGAAUGAGUGUGAAAACGUCUCCGUUCACACCGGCUGUAAAAUCAACGACUUCCUUUUGUAUAAAAACUUUGUACAUGUUGUUUUCAUGUCCCCGUCGUUUUGUUCACCUCCUUUUGGCAGAUUGUCGGAGCGACUGACUCUGAAGUGAAUGUCCAUGUUAUCAUGACGCCCCCCAGUGUUAAUCACAUGUGUUACCUCAACGUAAGGCUGGCAGUGUAAAAUAUGAAAAUACAGGAGAAGAGUGGAGGAGCUGGUGUUAAACUAAACCAGUUAAUAACCAGUUAACAACCAGUUAACCAGGUUUCAUCAUCGACUUUUUAAAUGUCUUUUGUUUCAACAGUAAAAACACGUGGACGACUGAAUCAGAUGUAAAAUAAAGGAUAAAUCUUUAAAGUUUUUUUUAUUAAUCAAUGACCACAUCCACUUUGUAAUAAUAAUACUGGUGCUGUAACUAUUAAAAUGACUUUAAAUACUAUUUAUUAUUUGUGGGCAACUGUUGUACGUGCAGUCGGAUGCUGCAGCGACAUGUCGUGAGAAAUAAAAGCCACUUUUCAGUAAAA